UGUUGGAAAAAAGCAGUACUGGUCGUCCUACAGUAACUCCCAUGACAUCUGAUGAUGAUGACGCUGCGGAAGCAGGUCCAUCCAAAGAAGUCUGGAGCAGCAGAAGUCGGACUUCUGUAACACACCACCAAAAAAAACAUGUGGCAGCAAAGAAAGCAAGGUCUGAUGUCCAGGGCCAACCACAGCAGGCUACCCCGCCACGAAGAUUAUCGACAGUAUGUUGGGUCCCCCCACUCCAAAUUUUGGACACACCUUCAAGAUGUGAACCACACUCCCCUCAUCUUGAUUCUUCUAGUCCUGGUAACAGCAUCCCUCCGCAACAACAGCAACACAGUGACAUGGAUGAGACAAUCAUGUUAGAAAUGCAGCCAUUAAGCCAAGGAAUCAGACCCCCAGCACCUGUGAGUACACCACCACAGCAAAGCACACCACCACCACAACACAGCCCAACAACACCAGUAACACAAGGCCCUGAUCACGUGUUUUGGAACAUUUGGGCUAGACAGCAGGCCACUAAUGAAGAUUGCCUGCGUAGGCAGACACAAAUGUUUGCAAGCCUACCAUGUCACCUCAGAAGAAUAACCAGAAAUAUGAGUAGACAAAAUGAACAAACCACCAGAAUUGGCAAUACCAUGGAACUCAUGCGUGCAGACAUUACACAGGUCAUGGGCAACUUACAGCGCAUAAUGGAAGAACAGCACAGACUAAUGGAAGAACAGCACAGACAACAGCAAAGUUAUAUGAACAUUUUUCAAAACAAUCAAGAUUCAUGAAAGUUUAUUCCGAAUUGUAGACAAUCAAAAUGCUGCUACACGUGAACUUAAUGCCACCCUCACUAACCUGAAUGAAACACUCAGAUCCAUGCACCAACAGCAAACAAGCAGCAGUUCUGGUACGCAGAGCCGGCCCUGACCAAUAUGAUGCCCUAGGCAAGAUUUUGGCUGGUGCCCCCUAGCACCAUCGCUGGUUCCACCUCUGACCUUGCACCUCUUUCCCAGCACCAUCACCCCUCACCUAUAUCAGUCCUUAUUUUGGUAUUUGUACCCCCUAUAUUUUAAAUAGGAACAGUUCGGACAUUUGGCGCACAGCCCAAAAAGGGGUGUGUUUUUGCUGGCAAGGGGCAUGGCCACACAAUAGUACCCCCAAUUCCAAUUACGCCACACAGUACUGCAAUUUUAUUCACAUUUGAUCAUGCGAUAGUGUCCAUAAUUCAUAUUAAAUCACACAGUAGUAUCACUUUAACUUAUAAACGUUACUCCUCACGGUAAAGCCCCUUAUUCACAUUACAUCACACUGAAUUGCUCCUUAUUCACAUUACACCACACCAUAUUGUUCUUUAUUCACAUUAGACCACACAGUAAUGCCCUUUCUAUACGCAAUGACACAUAGUAGAGCACCUUAUACACAUAAUACCACACAUUAGUAAUGCAUUUAUACACAUAAUUCCACACAGUAAUGCCCCUUACACAUUAUGACAACCUUUAUUAAUGCCCUUUUACACAUAAUGUCCCUUACACAUAUGCCGCACAUUAUUAAUGCCCUUAUACACAUAAUGACACACAUAGUGCCCCCUACACAUUUGCUGCACAUUAUUAGUGCCCCUAUACACAUAAUGACACACAUACAGUAGUACCCUGUUACACAUAUGGCGCACAUUAUUAAUGCCCUUAUACACAUAAUGACACACACAGUGCCCCUUACACAUAUGUUGCACAUUAUUAAUGCAUUUUUACAUGACACACAUAAUGCUCCUUACACAUAUUCUGAACACUAUUGCACAACCAACCCACUCACAUGCACACAGCACUCACACUGCCACAAACACUGUGACCUAUGCCUCUGCUUGGAUACAGAUGUGUCCUCAUAAAUCUUGCCUCAGUGCUAACGUCGGGCACCUUGUUUUUUUAUGAAAAUGCAUCUUAUUUGCAUUGCUAUGUGGCUAGG